AGAGCGGAGUGGAGAGGGAGAGACAGAGGAGAGCGAGGGAGAGAGAAGGAGGGGUGUGGGGGGAUAUUUCUUGACUGCCCCCUUUCCUUCAAACAUUUUAUAGGCUUCAGGGAGAGGGAGGAGGAGGAGAGAGGGAAGGAAAAAAGAGGAGAGCUGAGAGAGCGUGCCGUUCCCUCCGAGCCCUGAGCUGCCAAGGAGUCUGGAUUUUGUCCCCCGUGUCAGAUGAAAGGGCGCUGAGGCUCGCGGCCGCUGUCCCCUCUGCGCGCCGAGCUGCCUCCUGCGCUCCGGGGCGACCGCUCCGUCGCCAGCGCAAUGUGGCCGCGUCUGGCCUUUUGUUGCUGGGGUCUGGCGCUCGUUUCGGGCUGGCCGACCUUUCCGCAGAUGUCCCCGUCGCGCAAUUUCAGCUUCCGCCUCUUCCCCGAGGCCGCCGCCGGGGCGCCCGGCCGACUGCCCUCCGCGCCGCCCGCGCCGGGCGAGGAGGAGGCGGCGGACCGCAAAGUGGAGCGGCUGGGCCAGGCGUUCCGGCGCCGCGUGCGGCGGCUGCGGGAGCUCAGCGAGCGCCUGGAGCUCGUCUUCCUGGUGGACGAGUCGUCCAGCGUGGGCCACGCCAACUUCCGCAGCGAGCUCAAGUUCGUCCGUAAGCUGCUGUCCGACUUCCCCGUGGUGUCCACCGCCACGCGGGUGGCCAUCGUGACCUUCGCGUCCAAGAGCAACGUGGUGCCGCGCGUCGACUACAUCUCGUCCCGCCGUGCGCACCAGCACAAGUGCGCGCUGCUCGGCCGCGAGAUCCCGGCCAUCACCUACCGCGGCGGCGGCACCUACACCAAGGGCGCCUUCCAGCAAGCCGCGCAAAUCCUUCGCCAUGCUAGAGAAAACUCAACAAAAGUCAUCUUUCUCAUUACUGAUGGCUACUCCAACGGAGGAGAUCCCAGGCCUAUUGCAGCAUCACUGCGAGACUUGGGAGUGGAGAUCUUCACUUUCGGAAUAUGGCAAGGAAAUAUUCGAGAACUGAAUGACAUGGCUUCCUCCCCCAAAGAGGAGCAUUGCUACCUGCUCCACAGUUUUGAAGAAUUUGAAGCUUUAGCUCGCCGAGCAUUGCACGAAGAUCUACCUUCUGGGAGUUUUGUUCAAGAGGAUAUGUCUCACUGCUCAUAUCUUUGUGAAGCUGGCAAAGACUGCUGUGACAGAAUGGCAAGCUGUAAAUGCGGGACACACACGGGUCAGUUCGAGUGCAUCUGUGAAAAGGGCUAUUAUGGCAAAGGUCUUCAGUACGAAUGCACAGCUUGCCCAUCGGGGACAUAUAAGCCUGAAGGAUCUCCGGGAGGUAUCAGCACGUGCAUCCCCUGUCCUGAUGCAAACCACACCUCCCCACCCGGAAGCACAUCCCCCGAAGACUGCGUCUGCAGGGAGGGAUACCGGGCGUCGGGCCAGACGUGUGAAGCUGUCCAUUGCCCUGCUCUGAAGCCUCCUGAAAAUGGUUACUUCAUCCAGAAUACUUGCAACAACCACUUCAAUGCUGCCUGUGGGGUCCGAUGUCACCCUGGAUUUGACCUCGUGGGAAGCAGCAUCCUCCUGUGUCUACCCAGUGGUUUGUGGUCCAGUUCAGAGAGCUCUUGCAGAGUGAGAACAUGUCCCCAUCUCCGCCAGCCCAAACAUGGCCGCAUAAGCUGUUCCACCAGGGACAUGUCCUAUAGGACCACUUGCUUGGUUACCUGUGAUGAAGGGUACAGACUAGAAGGAAGUGCUAAACUUACCUGCCAAGGAAAUGCCCAGUGGGAUGGAGGAGAACCCCGGUGUGUAGAGCGCCAUUGCACCAUCUUUCAGAAACCCAAAGGUGUCAUCGUGUCUCCACCCACCUGUGGCAGGCUGCCAGCCAGACCAGGGGUGGUGUGUCAGCUAAGCUGCCACCGAGGCUUCCUCUUAUCUGGUGUGCGGGAAGUCAGAUGUACCACUUCUGGAAAAUGGAGUGCCCCAGUUCAGGCAGCCGUGUGCAAAGAUGUGGAGCCGCCUCAAAUCAACUGUCCUAAGGACAUAGAGGCUAAGGCUCAGGAACAGCAAGAUUCUGCUAACAUUACUUGGCAAAUCCCAACAGCCAAAGACAACUCAGGUGAAAAGGUGUCACUCCAUGUCCACCCAGCUUUUACUCCCCCUUAUCUCUUCCCAAUUGGAGAUGUGGCCAUCACAUACACAGCAACUGACUCAUCCAGCAACCAAGCCACCUGCACCUUCCACGUCAAGGUCAUUGAUGUCGAGCCACCCGUCAUAGACCGGUGCAGGUCCCCUCCUGCAAUCCAGGUCUCAGAGAAGGAACACGCUGCCAGCUGGGAUGAGCCUCAGUUCUCAGACAACUCGGGUGCUGUCUUGGUGAUCACAAGGAGUCAUAUACAAGGAGACCUUUUUCCUCAUGGGGAGACCAUCGUGAAGUAUACAGCCACAGACCCCUCAGGCAAUAACAGAACAUGUGACAUCCACAUUGUCAUCAAAGGCUCUCCCUGUGAAGUUCCCUUCACACCUACAAAUGGGGACUUCAUCUGUACCCAAGACAGUGCGGGAGUUAACUGUACAUUAAGUUGCCUGGAGGGCUACGACUUCACAGAGGGCUCCAUGGAGAAGUACUAUUGUGCUUAUGAAGAUGGUAUCUGGAAACCACCAUAUUCUACUGAAUGGCCAGACUGUGCUAUAAAACGUUUUGCAAACCAUGGGUUCAAGUCCUUUGAAAUGUUGUACAAAGCCACUCGCUGUGAUGAUGUGGAUAUGUUGAAAAAGUUUUCUGAAGCAUUUGAGACUACACUGGGGAAAAUGGUCCCAACAUUUUGUAGUGAUGAUGAUGACAUUGAUUGUAAGCUGGAGGACCUGACCAAAAAAUAUUGUCUGGAAUAUAAUUAUGACUACGAAAAUGGCUUUGCAAUUGGACCAGGUGGCUGGGGCGCCGCCAACAGGCUGGAUUACUCCUAUGAUGACUUCUUGGACGCUGUGCAAGCGACACCCACGGGCAUCAGCAAAGCCAGAUCUUCACGGAUUAAAAGAAGUGUCCCAUUGUCCGACCACAAAAUUAAAUUAAUUUUUAAUAUCACGGCUAGUGUGCCAUUACCGGAUGAAAGAAAUGAUACCCUUGAAUUGGAAAAUCAGCAGCGACUCAUUAAGACAUUGGAAACUAUUACAAAUCGACUGAAAAGAACCCUCAAUACAGAGCCAAUGUAUUCCUUCCAGCUUGCCUCUGAAAUGCUUGUAGCUGACAGCAAUUCUUUGGAAACAAAAAAGGCUUUCCUCUUUUGUAGACCAGGCUCUAUGCUGCGGGGCCGCAUGUGUGUCAACUGUCCCUUGGGAACCUACUAUUCUCUGGAGCGAUCUGUCUGUGAAAGCUGCCGCCUGGGAUCUUAUCAAGAUGAAGAAGGGCAAUUGGAGUGCAAACUUUGUCCUGCUGGGACUCACACAGAGUAUCUCCAUUCAAGGAGUAUCUCAGAAUGUAAAGCUCAGUGUAAACAAGGCACUUACUCAUCCAAUGGCCUUGAGACUUGUGAAUCGUGCCCGCUGGGCACUUACCAGCCGGAGUUUGGUUCUCGGAACUGCCUCUCAUGUCCAGAAUCCACUUCUACAGUUAGGAGAGGAGCCAUGGACAUUUCUGCUUGUGGAGUCCCUUGUCCAAUGGGAGAGUUCUCUCGUUCUGGGUUAAUGCCCUGUCACCCAUGUCCUCAGGACUAUUACCAGCCUAACCCAGGGAAGUCUUUCUGCCUGUCUUGUCCUUUUUAUGGAACUACAACUGUCACUGGUGCCAGGUCUAUCACAGAUUGCUCAAGUUUUAGCUCAACUUUCUCAGCAGCAGAGGAAAGUGUAGUGCCCCUUGCCUCUCCUGGACAUAUCCAAGCGAAGUAUGAAGUUAGCAGCCAGGUUUUCCAUGAAUGUUUCUUAAGCCCUUGCCGCAACAACGGGACCUGCCAGCAAGUUGGGCGUGGUUACGUGUGCCUCUGUCCACCUGGAUAUACAGGUAAUGCAAGCCAUGUAAAUUGCAAGAAUGGCGGGAUACAUUCAUACCAGGUUUUCACUAUCUCAAAUAUUCUCUCACCUUUUGCAGGUCAGCUAUGUGAAGAAAAUAUAGAUGAGUGUAGUUCCAGUCCUUGCUUAAAUAAAGGAACUUGUGUUGACAGUGUGGGAGGUUAUCGCUGCACCUGUAUGAAAGGAUAUAUUGGCCUGCACUGUGAAACCGAAGUCGAUGAAUGUCAGUCAAGCCCUUGCUUUAAUAAUGCCGCCUGUGAGGACCAAGUUGGGGGAUUCUUGUGCAAAUGCCCACCUGGAUUUCUGGGUAUCCGCUGUGAGAUAAACAUUGAUGAGUGUCUCAGUCAGCCAUGCCAAAAUGGAGCCACUUGUAAGGAUGGCACCAAUAGCUUCAGGUGCCACUGUGCUGCAGGCUUCACAGGGUCACACUGUGAAUCAAACAUCAACGAAUGUCAGUCUAACCCCUGCAGAAACCAAGCCACUUGUGUGGAUGAGACGAACUCAUACAGCUGUAAAUGUCAGCCGGGAUUCUCAGGCAGCAGGUGUGAAACAGAACAGUCCGUAAGCUUUAACUUAGAUUUUGAAGUUUCUGGCAUCUAUGGCUAUGUCAUGCUGGAUAGUGUCCUUCCAUCUCUCCAUGCUGUAACCUGUGCAUUUUGGAUGAAAUCCUCUGACACCUUCAACUAUGGGACACCAAUCUCCUAUGCACUUGAGGAUGACAGCGAUAAUACCUUCCUCUUGACUGAUUAUAAUGGAGACAUGAUUGUUGGAAACCUUUUCCAGUUGACCAAUUUGCUUAGUGGUGGUGCAUUAGUUCUUGGGCAAGAACAAGACAAAAAAGGAGAGGGAUUCAAUCCAGCUGAGUCCUUUGUGGGCUCCAUAAGCCAGCUCAACCUCUGGGACUAUGUCCUGUCUCCACAGCAGGUGAACUCACUCGCUACAUCCUGCCCGGAAGAACUCAGUAGAGGAAAUGUGUUAGCCUGGCCUGACUUCUUGUCAGGAAUUGUGGGGAAAGUGAAGGUCGACUCCAAGAGCAUAUUCUGUUCUGAUUGCCCACCAUUAGAUGGAUCAGUACCUCAUCUUCGAUCUGCAUCUACAGAUGUAAAGCCAGGCUCCAAAGUCAGUCUGUUCUGUGAUCCUGGCUUCCAGAUGGUCGGGAAUCCUGUCCAGUUCUGCCUCAACCAAGGACAGUGGACACAGCCCCUGCCCCGCUGUGAACGCAUUAGCUGUGGGGUGCCUCCUCCCUUGGAGAAUGGCUUUCACUCAGCUGAAGACAUCCACGCAGGCAGCACUGUGACCUACCAGUGUAACAAUGGCUACUAUCUUCUGGGUGACUCCAGGAUGUUCUGUACAGACAGCGGGAAGUGGAACGGCAUUUCACCAUCAUGCCUAGAUGUUGACGAGUGUGCUGUUGGAUCGGACUGCAGUGAGCAUGCUUCAUGCCUGAAUACCAAUGGGUCCUACGUGUGCUCGUGCAUCCCGCCGUACACAGGAGAUGGUAAAAGAUGCACAGAACCUGUAAAAUGCAAAGUUCCAGAAAAUCCAGAAAAUGGCUACUUUUCCGGUGAGUUCUACACAGUGGGUGCUGAAGUGACGUUUUCAUGUGAGGAAGGAUACCACCUGAGGGGAGUGGCCAAAGCCACCUGCUUGGCCUCCGGAGAAUGGAAUCACCAAAGACCAAAUUGUGAAGCUAUUUCCUGUGGUGCACCAGCUAUUCCAGAAAAUGGUGGUAUUGCUGGGUCAGCAUUUACUUAUGGCAGUAAAGUGACAUACAGGUGUAAUAAGGGCUAUACUUUGGCUGGUGAUAAAGAAACCUCUUGUCUCGCUAGUGGGUUUUGGAGUCAUUCUUCCCCUGUGUGUGAACUGGUGAGGUGUUCUAGCCCUGAAAACAUAAGCAAUGGCGAGUAUGUUGUGAGCGGGCUCACCUACCUGUCUACUGCAUUAUAUACGUGUGAGAGUGGAUACAGCUUACAGGGCCCUUCCUUCAUUGAGUGCACAGCUUCUGGCAGCUGGGACAGGGCACCACCCACCUGUCACCUUGUCUCCUGUGGAGAGCCACCUGCCGUCAAAGAUGCUGUCAUCACUGGGAGUAACUUCACUUUUGGGAACACUGUCACCUACACGUGCAAAGAGGGCUAUACCCUUGCUGGUCCAGAUACCAUUAAAUGCCUGGCCAAUGGCAGGUGGAGUGAAAGUAAUCAACAGUGUCUGGCAGUCUCCUGCGAUGAGCCCCCUAAUGUGGACCACGCCUCUCCAGAGACCGCCCAUCGGCUCUUCGGUGAUAUUGCGAUCUACUACUGCUCCGAUGGCUACAGCCUGGUGGACAAUUCCCAGCUCCUGUGCAAUGCCCAGGGCAAGUGGGUUCCCCCAGAGAAUCAGUCCAUGCCUCACUGUAUAGCUCAGUUCUGUGAGAGACCCCCAUCUGUCUCCUACAGCAUCUUGGAAUCUGGGAGCAAAGCAAAAUUCGCGGCUGGCUCAGUCGUGAGUUUUAAGUGCAUGGAAGGCUUUGUGCUGAACACCUCAGCAAAGAUCGAAUGCGUGAAGGGUGGGCAGUGGGACCCUUCCCCCCUAGCCAUUCAGUGCAUCCCCGUGCGGUGUGGAGAGCCUCCGAGUAUCCGGAAUGGCUAUGCGAGCGGAUCAAACUACAGUUUUGGAGCCAUGGUGGCUUAUAGCUGCCACAAGGGCUUCUUCAUCAAAGGGGAGAAGAAGACCACCUGUGAGGCCACAGGACACUGGAGCAACCCAAUUCCCACAUGCCACCCCGUGUCCUGCAGUGACCCGCCCAAGGUUGAGAAUGGCUUUCUGGAGCACACAACUGGCAGGACGUUUGAGAGCCAAGUGAGGUAUCAGUGUAACCCAGGCUAUAGGCCAGUCGGAAGUCCCGUGUUUGUUUGCCAAGCCAAUCGCCACUGGCACAGCGAAUCCCCUCUGUCAUGCACCCCUCUGCACUGUGGGAAGCCUCCUGCGAUCCAGAAUGGCUUCACAAGAGGAGACAGCUUCGAAGUAGGAUCCAAGGUUCAGUUUUUCUGUAACGAAGGCUAUGAACUUAUUGGUGAUCAUUUCUGGACGUGCCAGAAAUCUGGCAAAUGGAAUAAGAAGCUAAACAACCCAAAGUGCGUGCUUGCCAAGUGCCCAGACCCACCCCUCUUGGACAAUCAGCUCAUACUGAAGGAGUUAACUUCUGAGGUAGGGGUGGUGACACUUUCUUGUAGAGAGGGGCACGUCCUGAAAGGCCCUUCAGUUCUGAAAUGCUUGCCAUCCCAGCAGUGGAACAACUCUUUUCCUGUAUGUAAGAUGGUUCUUUGCCGUCCACCUCCCCUAAUUCCCUUCGGUGCUCCUGCACCUUCUUCUGUUCUGCACUUUGGAAAUACGGUCAUGUAUUCUUGUGUAGAAGGCUUUUUCCUCAGAGGGAAUCCUGCCACUGUUUGCCAAGCUGAUGGCACCUGGAGCUCUCCACUGCCAGAAUGUGUUCCAGUAGAAUGCCCCCAACCUGAGGACAUCCCCAAUGGCAUGGUGGACGUGCAAGGCUUGGCUUAUCUCAGCACAGCUCUCUACACUUGUAAACCCGGCUUUGAGCUGGUGGGAAACACUACUACCCUUUGUGGAGAAAGUGGUCAUUGGCUCGGAGGAAAACCAACCUGUAAACCAAUUGAGUGCCCACAGCCCAAGGAGAUUUUGCAUGGCAAAUUCUCUUACACAAAUCUUCACUAUGGAAAGACUGUCAUGUACUCUUGUGACCGAGGCUUCCGGCUUGAAGGUCCCAAUGCCUUGACCUGUUUAGAGACAGGUGACUGGGAUGUAGAUGCCCCAUCUUGCAAUGCCAUCCACUGUAAUCCCCCACAACCCAUUGAAAAUGGUUUUGUAGAAGGCGCAGAUUACAGCCAUGGUGCUGUAAUCAUCUACAGCUGCUUCCCUGGGUUUCAGGUGGCUGGUCAUGCCAUGCAGACCUGUGAAGAGUCUGGGUGGUCAAGCUCCGUCCCAACGUGUGUACCCAUAGAUUGUGGUCUCCCUCCUCACAUAGACUUUGGAGACUGUACUAAAGUCAAAGACAGCCAGGAAUAUUUUGACCAAGAAGUGGACAUGAUGGAAGUCCCAUACCUGACUUCUCACCCUCCUCAUCAUUUGGGAGCAGUAGCUAAAACCUUGGAAAAUAAAAAGGAGGGUCAGGCUACACAUUCCUCCAACUUUCUGUAUGGCACUAUGGUUUUAUACACCUGUAACCCAGGAUAUGAACUUUUGGGGAACCCUAUGCUGAUCUGCCAGGAAGAUGGAACAUGGAAUGGCAGUGCCCCUUCCUGUAUUUCAAUUGAAUGUGACUUGCCUGUUGCUCCUGAAAAUGGCUUUUUGCAUUUUGCAGAGACUACCAUGGGCAGCGCCGUGCAGUAUAGCUGCAAACCUGGGCACAUUCUAGUGGGCCCUGACCUACGACUUUGUCUGCAGAAUAGGAAGUGGAGUGGCGCUUCCCCUCGCUGCGAAGCCAUUUUGUGUAAAAAGCCAAAGCCUAUUAUGAAUGGAUGCAUCAAAGGGAACAGUUAUGCAUACUUGAAUGUGGUACACUAUGAGUGUGACCCUGGGUAUAUACUGAAUGGCACCGAGAGGAGAACAUGCCAGGAAAAUAGAAACUGGGAUGGGGAAGAGCCAGUUUGCAUUCCUGUGGACUGUGGCUCACCCCCAGUUCCGGCUAAUGGCCAAGUGGAAGGAGAUAAGUACACAUUCCAAAAAGAGAUUGAGUACACUUGCACUGAAGGGUUCUUGCUUGAGGGAGCCAGCAGUCGUGUUUGUCUUGACAAUGGCAGUUGGAGUGGAGUCACUCCCAGUUGUGUACCUGUCAAAUGUGCCGCCCCAGCACAGAUAGAAAAUGGGAUGAUGGAUGGGUUGGACUAUGGCUUCAUGAAGGAAGUAGUGUUCCAUUGUCAUGAGGGCUAUGUGCUACAUGGUGCUCCAAAACUCACCUGUCAGUCAGAUGGUAAUUGGGAUGAAGAAGUGCCUCUCUGUAAACCACUCAGCUGUGGGCCUCCUGAGGAUCUUGCCCAUGGGUUUUCCUUUUAUCAUGGGAGAGAUGUACAGUAUCAGUGCUUUCCUGGUUAUAAGCUCCAUGGAAGUCCUUUGAGAAGAUGUCUUUCCAAUGGCUCCUGGAGUGGAAAUCCACCUUCCUGCCUAUCUUGUAGGUGUUCCACUCCAGAAAUUCCAUGUGGAACUAUCAACAGGACAGAUUUUGAUUGUGGAGAGACUGUUAAUAUUCAGUGCUUCAAGGGCUUCCAUCUCCUGGGACCUUCUGAAAUCACCUGCGAAGCCAAUGGCCAAUGGAGCUCUGGCUUCCCACACUGUGAACACAUCUUGUGUGGCUCUCUCCCAGUGAUACCAAAUGCAAUCAUCAGUGAAAAGAGACCUCUGCGGGAAAGCAUAGUAAUGUACAGCUGCAGACCUGGCUAUGUCAUGCAAGGCAGCUCGGAGCUGGUUUGUACAGAGAGAGGGAUGUGGAGUCAACCUUACCCAGUCUGUGAGCCCCUGUCUUGUGGACCCCCACCAUUUGUCGCCAAUGCAGUGGCAACUGGAGAGGAACACACCUAUGAAAGCAAAGUGAAGCUCAGGUGCUUGGAAGGCUACAGGAUGGACACAGACACGGACACAUUUACCUGCCAGAAGGAUGGUCACUGGUUCCCCGAGAUGAUCUCCUGCAGUUCUAAAAAUUGUUCUUUGCCAUCAAACUUAACUCACAUACUUGUUCAUGGAGACGAUUUCAGCGUGAACAAGCAUGUUUUUCUGACAUGUGCAGAAGGGUAUAACUACAGCGGCGUUCCCACAUCCACAUGUCAGCUUGAUGGUACCUGGGAUCCACCGUUUUCCGAUGAAUCCUGCAGCCCAGUUUCUUGCCGGCAACCUGAAAGUCCAAAACACGGCUUUGUGGUUGGCAAUAGGUACAGCUUCAGAAGCACAAUUAUUUAUCAGUGUGAACCUGGCUAUGAAUUAGAGGGGAACAGGGAGUGUGUCUGUCAGGCAGAUGGAAGGUGGAGCGGAGGGGUAGCGACAUGCAAAGAGACCAGGUGCGAAGCUCCUUCUGGGUUCCUGAAUGGGGCGGCUGACGUGGAAAACACCACAGCAGGACUCAGCGUCAUCUACUCCUGCGACAGAGGCUACAGCCUGGAGGGGCCUCCCGUGGCACAGUGCACUGAAAACGGAUCGUGGAGCCACCCAGUUCCUCUCUGCAAACCAAACCCAUGUCCAGUCCCUUUUGUGAUUCCUGAGAACGCUGUGCUUUCUGAAAAGGAGUUUUACGUUGGUCAGAAUGUGUCUAUCCGAUGUAGAGAAGGCUUUCUACUCAAGGGCCAAGGGGUCAUUACCUGCAGCCCUGAUGAGACGUGGACACAGACCAGUGCCAGAUGUGAAAAAAUCUCAUGUGGCCCACCGACUCAUGUAGAAAAUGCAAUUGCUCGAGGUAUUUAUUAUCAAUAUGGGGACAUGAUCACCUACUCCUGUUACAGUGGGUACAUGCUGGAAGGCUCCCUAAGGAGCGUUUGCCUAGAAAAUGGAACAUGGACAUCACCCCCUAUCUGCAGAGCUGUCUGUCGAUUCCCGUGUCAAAAUGGAGGUGUCUGCCAACGCCCCAACGCUUGCUCCUGCCCAGAUGGCUGGAUGGGCCGUCUCUGUGAGGAACCAAUCUGCAUUCUCCCUUGUCUGAACGGUGGUCGUUGUGUGGCCCCUUACCAGUGUGACUGUCCACAUGGGUGGACUGGGGCCCGCUGUCACACAGCUACUUGCCAGUUUCCCUGUUUAAAUGGUGGAAAGUGUGUGAGGCCAAACCGAUGCCACUGUCCCUCAGCUUGGACAGGACAUGAUUGUUCCAGGAAAAGAAGGACUGGGUUUUAAACACUGCGAAUACAGCUAGCUGUCUAUGCAAGAUCAUCUCUUCCUGGCAGCACCUCCACCUCCUGCAACUUAACACGAAGGAAAUCCAACAUGGUGCUGAGGCUUGUUUUGUUUAGUCUACUUGUUAUUUGAAGUUUAUCUUUUACUUUGUAACAUAUUUUAUUACUCCUGGUGACAUCCUUUCUUACAUGUUUCCAUUUUUAAAUAUCCCUGUAUUUUCUAUAUAAAAUUUAUAUUAAAUAGAUGCUGCUCCACCCUCAUGAAAUGUACAUACUCUGCUAACUAAUGGGAAAGCUCCUGGAACACAGUUUUAUUCAGUUACUUAAAAUAAUUUUUCCAUUAAAAUAUAUUUUGCUACUAAAUAACAUCUUUCUGGGUAGUGCCAUUUUAUGAGGUGACCAGAAAAGAAUAAAGGGAAUUAAUGCUCUUUCCUCUAUGCUACUGUCACACAGUGUACAGUCACAUAUAGUAUCCCAAGAAAUUACUGUGCAAUAAAAGAGCCCCUCCUUCUAGGUUGACCUCCUUUAUUUAAUCAAAGACAAACUGUUGUACCUAGCACUCUCCUCAGAGAAUUCCAUCCUGGUGUCAAGUGUGAUCUGGGUAAUUCUUUUCCCAACAUUUGGAAAGCGGAAGCCUGUGCUCAUCGAUAUGGUGGGUUCAGCAGGAGGGAGAGAGGAUGAGGACAUAACAUGACCAUGCUUUACACACUAGUAUGUUCCCCUUCCUUCUCACAACUAGUAGGUGCAGUAGCCAGACAAUGAAGAAGGAGUCUAUACCUUGCCACACUACACAACUCACUCCCUUGAGAGAAGGGAGAGGCACAGGCCAGGAAAGGCAGAGAAGGAGAAGGAGAAAACCAACUGGGAAGUGCUUACCGGAGGUGUGCUCCUGAGGCCUGCUGUGCACAGAGGCUGGAGUCUGCCCAAGAGGAAGCUUAGCUGCUCCUUGGUCCCCAUUGCUUCACACUGUGCUUAGUUCACCAUCAAGAUUUCCUAGUUUUUGCUUUAAAAUAGGAAAUUAAGGUUCACCUUGCCUCUCUUCUAAGAGAACUGCAGACUCAGAACACAAACAUGGUGGUGGGGGGUCAGAGAGCAGCCCCUUCAGCCCUUGGUCAACUGUGCUCCCUACAGUGGGGGAUCUGAGGGUGCUAUUCUUGUAGUAUCCUCAUGAAUGUAGGUAGGGUCAAGGCAAGAGUUAGGCAGCACAUUGUGCUGCAACAAUUAACCAACAAUUUUGGUUUGAAAACCAAAAAUCAGCUUGUAUCCUCACCUCUCACUAGUCGCCAAAACUUUGCCAGCUAAGUGAAAUUAGAUGGAAAGACUUCAAUCAUAAAAAUUAGAAAACAUUGGUAUGUUGUGUGUUAAUAUCUGGAAGAAAACAAGCUCUUUGAGUUGAAAAGGAACACAUACAAUUAAUUUGUAUCGUAGUAUUAUAAAUAGUUUAUUCUUUUUAUGGUUGAAUAAUAUUCCUUAGAAUGAAUAUAUACUACACUACAUUUUGUUCAUUCAUGCAUCUGUUAAUGAACAUUUGGGUCAUGAACCUCGAAAAGGUUAUACUAAGUGAAAGAAGCCAGACACGAAAAGGCAUGCAUUACAGUAUUCCAUUUACAGUGUGUCCAGAAUAAACAAAUUCUAUAGGGUCAGACAAAUAAACGGUGAUGAUAUGGAGAAAGGAUAAGAGUAUAGGAUUUUUUGGGGAGGAAUGAUAAUAUGUUCUGCAGCUAAAGAAUAGUGGUGCUUACAGAACUGUGUGAAUUUUCUGAAAAAGACUAAGCACCACAUUUUACAAAUAACUUUAAAAUGAAAAUUUAAAAAGCCCCAAGAAAGAAGCAAAUACAUUUGAUGACAAAAAUGUGGAAAAGUCUGUCACAAGUUGAAUUUAACAUGAAUUAAAUUUUUAAAUUAAGUAACAAACACAUGACAAAAUAAUGAUUUUAUAGGACCUUAUGAUUUAGUAGAUAUCCAUAAGGAAACACUUUGUUCAAGACAGACAUAUGGACAAGAAAUGAACUAAAGAAGAAACACUGAUAGAAAAUAAACCAUCUUACUAAUAAAAGAAAUGCAAAAUAAAAUCAUCUGAAAUUUUGCCUGCCAAAUUGGCAAAGUUUUUGGUGGUGGUGAUUGUAGUAGUAGACUUUGUCUUAAUGCCAGCAUGCAGUUGGUUAUUAGAUAAAAUAAUUGCAUUGAACCUUUGUAGGAAACUACUCCAGCUUUCUUCAGACUGACAAGUACCAAAAAAUAUUUAAAUGUGAAUGUAGGAAAAAGUGGAAAGAAAGCUUUUGUAAAUGGAG